UGAAACUGAGACAAAAGUCAACGGGCGUGAAAUCAGAAAACCAAAAAUCUCAGAAUCGGAACCUAGUUCUAACUUCUAACAGUCAUGGAUUUUGCGUGCUCUGAUAUAAGCUUAUGGAAGGACGCGCUAUCGUGUUACCAAAGCCGCUUGGAAUCACUCAACAAACCAGGUCUACCUGAACUAGACGACUUCUAUAGAAACAAGCUUCCCUUGCUCUUACGCCAAAGAAACCCUAAGCCAUACAUAGCCAAACCAGAACUGUCUAAGCUCAUGCAAUGGAAGCUUACCAGAGGGAAAUGGAGGCCGCGACUUUUGGAUUUCGUUUCAUCUUUGGACGAAACCCUAGUGAAAUCUGUUUCUCAGAAGGCUUUUGAAUCUCUUCCCGAUAUUUCGAAAGCUAUUUCUGAGCUCACGGUUCUGAAAGGAAUUGGACCAGCUACUGCCUCUGCCGUUCUGGCUGCUUACGCACCUGAUGCAGCUCCCUUCAUGUCUGAUGAGGCAAUGCUGGCUGCUCUGGGUAACCCGAAGGAUUAUACGUUGAAACAGUAUCUCUUGCUCACUGAGAAAUUACUAGCCAAAGCAAAGGAAUUAAGUUCGGAAGGGGGCACCUUCACCGCAUCUGAUGUUGAAAGAGCUCUCUGGAGCUCUGCUAUCGGUGCCAAGUUGCUAGUGUCACCUUCAGACUCAGAUGCAAAUGUUAAUUCAAAAGGAAAUUUCAAGAGAAAGAGAAAGCCAUGAAGCUGUUGCUUGGUUAGUUGGUCAAAGCAUUGAAACCACUUGUAGCGAGACUCAAACUCUAGAUCUUGCGAGCUUCGUUUAUGAAGAAAAUUCUGCGGCAAUCGUAUUCCUUUUCUCUACUACUAAUUAUGAUCACAAAAAGUUUCUGCAAUCUUAAGGUGCAAAGACCCCUGCUAUGUAGUCGCUACCAAAAAAAAAAAGCACUAAUUUUGUACCAAAAAUAUUCAUAUAUGAAGGUGCUUUACAUUUUGGGCUUUUAUUGGAGCUCUUCACAAGCAAGAUGAAGAAUUGUUUGAUUUCCUUCUCGAAGGUUUAGUAUGUUUUGGUGGAAAAUAUUUUAUAAAAUUAAUCUCUGAGGUCGAUUUAAAU